AUGAAGUGUUUUGGUGCUCGCGUUUGCACAGGUCGAGUCUGUUGUGGGUGGGGAUUUCUCGCGCGCGUGGCGAUGCCUUUUGGCGUGAAUGGCGAGUGGGUGGACAUGGUCAAGGCCUUCGAGUGGCUUACACUGCGGUCGGCUGUCCCGGAUAGAGAAGAGUUGCCAGUUACCAAGUUGCUCACGGACGCGUUCAAAAUUAUGGAGGAGUUGCCUACCCUGUCAAUUGGCACGGGAAUGUUCCCGACAACGGCGCGGGAAUUGACGCCGGUAGAGUUGCAGGCGCUGCAGAAGACGUAUGACUACAAUAACUCGCUUCGCGGUCACCUGCUUCGCAGUGUGGCGCAGUGCUUAUACGCCGUCUUGUCAGUGAUGCACAAACACCCGGCGCCACCAGUGUCCCCUGAUUGUAUCGACCCGGCGGCAGCGACGGAUCCGGAGAAGUGGAUCGCGGCCCUCUUGAGCCAGAAGACGGAGGGAGUGGAGGUGAAUGACUGGGUGAAGCAGUUCAUGCACAUCCACCCACUCUUAAAGUGUGAAAGCCCGCUCGUGCGGGAUGUGGACUUUGGCGUGAAAAUCGUCGAUAACAUUUCGUUCCUGCCCUCCCUGCUUCUCCAAGUCCCCGCCCAAGUGCCCGCCAACGCUUCCGGAUCGGUCUCUUCAUUCUCGGUCGUUGUACACGACCCAUGUACUCCAACAGAAUUUAAGCAUUGGUCUACAGCAAUUCAGGAGGAAUUCGCCAAACUCAACCGAACACAACUGCCUCUUAUCCAGUUCCAUUUCCCGGACGCAGCCUCCCCAAGCUCAGCCUCCCCAAGCUCAGCCUCCCCUGGCUGUGGCGCGCCAAACUCGAUCCCCCAAAACGCAAUCGACCGAAGAUUCCCCGUCAUCUCCCAGUGGAAGUAUGACGACUUCGCCGAUUUGGUGGUGCUCCCUGACGACCACAAACCGACCGCCAAACCCCGCCGGUAA